UGUAAGCACUAAGCAGACUACAACUGCAGUUCAGUCAUUUCUCUCUCUCUCUCUCCCCCAUUGCUGUCUUCCAAAUUCCAAUCAAGUCUCAAAUCAACGACCCUUGCCGCCGCGCCCAAAUCCUCAUCCAAAUUCAAAUUUUCCGAUUCCACUUCCUCUCUCUACAGUUUCCGACCCCCAAAUCGAUCCGCCUCAGCCAAUGACCGACUCCGACUCCGCCACCGCGCAAUCCCCAUCUCCGUCUCCGCCGGCCGCUCCUCUCGCUCCGGUUUACUUCUACUUCUUACUCGCCCCUGCCUUCAAUCCCCUCUCUUCUCCAUAUGUUUCUCAUUUGUUGCAUCGUUUCUCAUUUCCGAUUCUUUUUUUUGCCGUGUCGAGCCGGCUCCAGAGGAAGGAGAAUCUGACACCGGUCGGUUCCAAGAUCGCGGAACUGAACGAAUCGAGGGUGGAGCUCCUUACCAGAAUCCAAGGCUUGAAACAGGACUUGCAUACUUGGAGAUCUAAGCUAGACACUCAAAUCAAAGUGUAUCGUGAGGAAUUAACGGAAGUGAAGAAGUCGUUGAAUGAUGAGGUGGAGCAACUACGAUUGGAGUUCAAAGAACUCAGAACUACACUUCAGCAGCAACAAGAUGACAUCUCUUCUAGCAUGAAGAACUUGGGGCCUGUGGAUGGGGGAGAGGAUGAAGUUAAAGAGGCGAAACACUCGGAGGCAGAUGUGCAACAAGAAGAUGAAGCGAAAGUCUUAACUGUCGAGGAAGAGCCUAGUUCAGCCUAACACAGCCAUUUGCAGUCCCUUGGAGAAGAAGCCUUUUCUUUUCCGAGUCCAUCCCGGUGCAAUCUAUUGAAGUACUCCAAAGAAAUAUGUAACAGUGUAGUUGUAAAAUCAGCCCAGGAGGGGGCAGACAACUUGUAAUACUUAUCUUCUAUUGGAUUCUUGUCCUGCAACAAUGUCGGUUUCCUUGACUUCAUCGUUGCGACUAUGAACCACUUCAACCUGCUCCAUUCCUUCUAGACGAGAACGAAUCACUGCAAUUGUUGCAGCACAGCUGAAAGCACUAUCAGCAGAGG